AUGAAUGAGCAAACAGAUGUUGCAGAUGCUGCUGAUGUUGGAUUGAAUACUCAAGAGACUGUAGAAGAGCAUGCUGAUGUUCAUGUUGUACGAGGAGACCUUGAUGAUCCAGAAUUGUCGUCAUCAUCGUCUGAUGAUAUUUUAAGUGAUGAUUCGGGAAGUGGCGGGGACGCCAUAGUUUUGAAGGCCAUCGUAAUUAUAGAGGACAUUUAUAAGAAGGCAUGGUAUGCACGGAGAAGGGCUUUAGAGAUUGUGUUUGGUGGAUGGGAGGAGUCAUUUAGGGAUUUGCCAAGCUACAUGCUUGAACUGCAGUAUAGGAAUCCAGGCACAAUCGUUGAGUGGAGGCAUAACGAGUUGUUGAGCCAGGGUCGUACUAAAGUCUUCUAUUACGUGUUCUGGGCACUUGGGCGGUCGGCUAUACAUGCUUUCCAGGAGUGCCAACCUGUUUUAACAAUAGACGAGACUCACCUUCGAGGAAGAUUUAAAGGUAAACUGCCUGUUGCUUGUGGUGUUGAUGCUAACAACAAAUGUCUGCCUAUUGCAUAUGCCGUUGUUGAUGAAGAAACUGGCGACAGCUGGGAGUGGUUUUUGGAUCAUGUCAGGAUUCAUGUGGUGAAGUACGAAAGGGAGGUGUGCAUCAUUUCGGAUAGGCAUAAAGGAAUUCUUAAGGCUAUGCGUUCUGAUGAAUGGAAAAAGCCGCCGAUAUGUCACCACAAAUUUUGUUUGAUCCAUGUGAGGAAAAAUAUCUUGACAAAACUUAAGGGUAAGGGCGGUAAAGCAAAAGGCAUGAUAUGGGCAUUGGGUGUGACAACUCAAGUACGCAAGUACAUGCGAAGGCGACGUGCACUACGGGAGGAAAGUCUUGUUGCGAUACACGAGCUCAACAAAGCCAAAAAAGAGAAUUGGUCUCUUUGUUACGAUGAUGAACUGAGAUGGGGGGUGCCCUCAACAAACAUGUCAGAGAGCUACAACAACGUGUUGAGAGGUAUAAGAGAGUUGCCAAUUAGAGCUUUGGUUGAUCUGACAUUUUGGAGAACAGUGGAAUGGUGGGCAGAUAGAAAGACAGAAAUACAACAUACCGAAGGUCGGUUGACCCCGUGGGCGAGGGACAAACUUGAUGCGAAUGAUGCGAAGGGGCAAAUGCAUUACUGUUCAGUACUUGACCAAGAAAUAGGUCAUUACCAAAUUCGAAGUCGUCCACGCGUUGAAAAGGGACAGGCAAAGGGCAAUAAUAGACAAGACGUCGAGUUCAUGGAUUCAAAGUGCAGUUGUGGGAAGUGGCAGAUGUGGAGAGUUCCUUGUUCCCAUGCGUGCACCGUUGCCAGAGAUCGAGGUAACUCUAUGUUUGAACUCAUUGAUAAACACAACCACAAAGCUACAUGGGAAGCACAGUACUAUGGUGUCUCAUUUCAAGCGCCAAGACACGAAGACUAUUGGGCAAAUCCUGGAUGGAAAUUGCGUAUCACACCUGAGCAGUUGCUUCCUCGAAAGCGCGGACGAGGCAGAACAAGGAGGAUUCCUAAUCAAAUGGAUGUCCGCGAGGAAGAUGAACCGAGAGCUCCCCGCAAGUGCAGGAAUUGCGGCGUAGAUGGGCAUGACCGUAGAAAUUGCACAAUCGGUCGUGUUAUGUAG